GACUGUGAUUGAUGUUUUGUGAGUGAGUGUGGUACAGCUACGGAGAGAUACGAGCCCGAGAUAUGAAUACCGAGUCCAAUACUUUAUUUAGAAACGUUUAUUGCUAAGAUAAAUCCACAAAGGAGUUUAAUAGCCACUAUCAAUAUUUGUACAACAAAUAAGCAACGAGAGCAACCGAGGCACAAUGCUAACCGGAGUGCGAGUACACGGUAUCUAUAAGAUACAGCCGCAAUCGCAGCCACAACAGCCGCAGCAGAUGCGUAUGGCGAAUUAACACAAACGCGUUAACACAAUUAGUUGAAAAGUGAAAAAUCUCAUACACAUAAAAUACGAAACGAAUCAGCAAAAAAACAAAAAUAAAACACUGUUAACUAAAUAAUAAAUAAUAAAAAAAAAUACGCUGUGAGGCUGUCGACAAAAAGCGCCACAGCAAAUUUGCAACUUUACACUCGUCGGCGGUUUUCAGUCGCGAAAUGAAGCAACAGCCUCCGAGCUGAACCACAGAACGCGUGUGCCACCACCUACAGAAAACUAUUAGCAACAACGACAACAACUAUUAAAAUAAAAUAACAAAAAAAAAACACAUACAACAAGUGACCUUAAUCGUUUCGAGUGCCUACAAAAUGGUCGAAUUAUUCAAGGCUCUCAAUUUGACGGGUAACAUUCUAGCGGGUCUAGAAGAUAAAAGCCUCGAGAAUGCCCCAAUUGUCACGGAGCCCAGCAUCAAUGCCACGGCUAUGAAUGUUACUAUAGCAACAACAUCGUUGGCCAAUGCCACCAACAGUGCCGAGAAAAUUCAAUUGGAUGGCUUCGAUCUGCCCAGCAACUAUUCGGUAUUAAUCAAUAAGCUGGAGCAGCUGGCUCUUGGCCUGGACUCGGCGCUGGGCAACUUCACCAUCGAUCGCCAGGAGGUCGAGAUCAAUUUGAGUGGCAGCGCCUCAGCCACCGAUGUCGCCGAUGUAGCCGACGACCUGCUCUUCAGCGAUGUCAUACCCGCGGCACGUGCCCCGCCCCCCCACAUAGCGCACGGCUCGCGGAUUUACACCGGCAACGAUGAUGAUUUCCAUGUGGUCAGCGAUAUUUGGAUUGGGGUCAUUCUCACGCUGCUUAUCGUCUUUGUGAUAUUCUUCAUAUGCGCCUGUUUCCUGUAUCACAAGUUUCAACAGUGGAAGAAUUCAUAUCGUGCCAAUCAUAGCGAUGCCAGCAUCGAAAUCUGCCGCCACUGUCCGCCUGAAUAUGAGGUGGAGUCACUGCCCUCCUAUACGAUUGUCUCCGGCCUGCCCACCUAUGACGAUGCACUCGAGGAGUUCCGCAAGGCGGGCAUCAUACUUCGUCCCGCCCUAGUGCCCGUCAUCAAGAUAUUUGAGAACGCCAACAAUGAAGCAGGUGGCGUCAAGGAGCCCUCUGUCGCCUACAGCCUGGUGGAGACCUCAUCCAGUUCCGCCAGCGAUGCCAAUGCGGACACUAUUUCCCUGACAUCCAUCACAUGCAAUUGUGGUGGCUCCUCGCCGACUGGGACGCUGCCAAGUUACAGUGCCGCAACGGCAGCGGCGAUGACUGCCACUGCGGCAGCUGGCAAUCCGCUCAACUCGCAGGUGAUCGAGUUGUCGCCGGAUCAUCUGGCCUCGCUCUCCCAGAAGCGUCUCUCGCUGCAGAUCUCAUUCAACAACUCGCUGCGGUGCCGGUCACGCUCCAAUAUGCGCAAUCAUUUGCUGCGCUCACGCGCCGUGGGGAACUCCGCCGUCCUGGGUCCUAUAGAGACAACAUUGGCCGCCGCCUCGGUGGUCACAGCACCAGCAGCAACUGGGCAUAUCCUGCCGCACAUACAUCGAUCCUCGUCAACGGUAUCGCUGUCCAAUGAGCGCCAGUUGCUGGAUCAACGCUUGAGACAUUUGCAUCAUCGCGGCUCCUUGUACUGAGAAGGAGCCUGAGGAGCCUCUGUCCUCAACUUUCAACUACUUAACACUUAGUUCUUAGCGACAACAAAACAAACUGAUUUAUCUAAUUAAUAAAGUGCUUAUGAAAAUGUUAAAAUUCCAAAUA